AUGACAGCGAUAACAAAAGCAACAGUUCCCACCCUGGUGAGUCCCCUCCCUGUUCCCUCACCUGAGCAUACAGAAAUCCAGAGGGCCCUGGGAAAGACUUCACCUGGUGACAGGUAUGGGCCCUCAGAGGCCCCUCUGACUGGACAGGAGGGCAGACUGCCUUAUCAGAUGCCCACAGUCAACCUCAUGGGCAGAAGCUGGGAGAAUGGGACUGUCUUGGGGUUUCCAGCCACUAGGAAAACCCUGUCGCCACCAACAAAGUCAGUUGCCCAACAUCCAAAGGAGCCAUGCCUUAAAACACAGGUGGCUCAAGGCCGUGCCACUGGUGAGCUCCUUCCAGACUCUCACAGUGACAUCCUCCUUCAAGACUAUCCCAUUGGCGUGCGCCUCCAGGACUUUGCCACCAAUGUGCUCCUUCGAGACCAUCACACUGAUGUGCUCCUUUCUUCAGACAUCUUGGCUUCUCACAGGUCUCUUUCUAGUUCCCAGAGGGAACAUGCUAGUGAGGACGCACCAGCUUUCCAGGUGGUGCCAUAUGACCUCAACCAUGAAGUAGAGGACAAGGAGAUACCUUCUGAGCAGAAUGUUUCUGUAGAAGUGCCACAAAUAAAUAUUUCAAAGGAAGACCUGUCCACCCAGAAGGCCUAUCCCUAUGAGAGAUGUAGCCUGUACUUAAAAAGUGCUUUGCAUGUAGGUGAGGACCUGGGAACAAACCCUGGCCAGAAACUGUGUGGGGUAGGUGUGAAAUUGUACCAGCACAUUGCAGAGAAACUUUUCAGAAAAGAUGUGGAUAAAGCCUUUAUGAAAAGUUGCACAAGGCUUGCUCAGCACCAGAGAGUCCCCACUGGAGAAAAGCCUUAUCAAUGCAGUGAAUGUGGGAAAACCUUCAGCUAUAAACACGUUCAGCACUGGAGAGUCCCCACUAGAGAAAAACCUUAUCAACGCAGUGAAUGUGGGAUAACCUUCAGCUAUAAACACAUCCAGCACUGGAGAGUCCCCACUGGAGAAAGGCGAUAUAAGUGCAGUGAAUGUGGGAAAGCUUUUAACAACAAACCCACACUUGUUGGGCACUAG